AUGAAUGAUUCACUGUCUAAAGAUGUGAAUGAUUUAUCGUGCAAUUAUUUUCAGCAGAACAGCAUAAGAGAUGAAACACGUAGGCUAUCAAGGUUGUUCUUCUGUCCAAAGAUGUGGAACCUUCCUUGUACAGGAAGCUUAUUUAAUCACAACUCGAUUGAAACUCUCAUUGGAUCCAACUACACCAAAUGGAGGGAAGAUGUGGAAAUUGCUCUAGGAUUGCUGGACUAUGAAAUGGCUAUUGAAGAAGAACCUGAUGCAGAUGCAUCUGCUGGAGCAAAAGCAAAAUAUGCCAAAUGGGUUAAGGCAAACAAAAUGGCUAUUCUAAUUAUGAGAAUGUCAAUUUCACCAUCUGUCAGGGGAAGUAUUACAUCAUCUGAUAAUGCCAAGAAGUUUAUUGAUUCUAUUGGGGAGAAGUUUCGAGAAUCAGAAAAGGCUGAGAUUGGAACUCUAAUGGGAUAG